AUGGUGUUGUCCCUAGCGCCUCGAAAAGAACCUUUGACUGUGAUCGAUGAGCCUACUGCUUCAAGUAAUGGUGACCAAUUCGUAGAGCGAGUGGUCUUUCAUCCGAGUCGAGGUAGUAUCGUGUGUGUCAAAGGAGACACGUUGGAAGAGCUGGAUGCCACCACUGGAGCAUUGCUGUGUCACAUCACGUUCGACUUGUUGGCUUCCAGCAACGUGGACUUGAUCCUCCCUGCAGGUCCCCACUUCGUCGUGGGCCUUUUACAAUCUCGUCUCCUCGUGGUUUGGGACCUUGAAGAAUCUGUGUUAUUAGCCACUUCAGACGCCGACAAAGUGCACGGAACUCGUCGCGUCACGGCACUUGCCACUUCUCUCUGUACUGAUCGAUGGCUGUUCUUCAAUGCUGAAGGGAGCAACAACGUUCGAGUCACUCGAGUUGAUUCUCCUCGUCCAGCUCGAGAAAUCCUACGCAAAAGUGCUCUUCGUGGAGGGUCUGUAGUCUCGUUGGCAUACUCAACAGAACACCAUUUACUCAGUUCUGGAUGCAACGAUGGUACUAUUCAAGUAUGGAGUAUUUCAUCAAGCGAAAUGGAUACUGGGAUCCCUAAAAAGGGCCAGGAAUCUACGGGUUUUGCUACCCCACUCUUUGCCGUACAAUUGGCACAGUCUCCAGUCGUGGAGAUUUGUAUCGGAAUGUGCACUGGAUGUGGUACAAACGGGAGCAGUAGUAAUAUGUUCCUCGCUGCAGCCUACCAGAAUCGACGUAUCGAUGUUGUCGCGAUGAAUGGCCAAGCCCACACUUGUGUAGCCUCCACUACGCUUGCUCCGCCUCAAACACCGGACUUGUCAAGAUUGGGAGGAUCUCUAACGUUAACGAUUCAUGCUCAACUGCCUGUAUUAUUGAUGCACUGGCGUUCUCAUAGAAACGAAGCUGGUGUCGAUGUCAUUGCAGCUUGGGAGCUCGUGAAUACCGGAGGGAGUUCGAUCACGAGUCCUAGAGGUGGAGCAGGAGGCAACAGUAGCGCUGGAGGUGCCAUGACCGAUUGGUGGCCCGUUGCCAAUUCCUCGACCCUCAAUAUACCAACUGGAAGACGUCAGGUACUUGCCACGGAUAUUAUUCUGUGGCAAAACUCUCUAGCAGUCUACGCUAGUACCAUAAACCGUCGAUCGAUCUUCCUCAUCGACAUUCAACCGACUCACGCAACAACGAAUACCGUUGAAACGGAGCCCAAGACUGUCCUCACACUCAGCACGACGACGCAGCUCACACUUGCUCAGUAUCAUGACUAUCCGACUGGCAUUCCAUCGUCACAACUGCAAAUCUCUGUGAAGACCAGCGCCAAGGGAACUCCAGUACUAAAACUGCAGCGAUUCUCUCAACUAUCAGGUCGAUUGACAGCCUCAAGCGACCAACUUCCAGACUGGAAAAGUGAGCGUGGAGUUCCACUUCUACCAUUCCAAGUGCUUGCAAAUAGAUACCAGUCGGUAGUGUGUAUCAAACUACGCGAAAAGGGUGAAGAUGCGGCGGCAAACGGUGUUCGUCCACGCUCAUUCUCCUUUGCAGUACUCGAUCUCGAUGUUACGGUGGAUACUGCAAUGACCGACGUCGUUAUCAACCCAGACGAUGAAGACGCAGUGAUCGCACCAAGCUCUUUACCAGCGAUUGAGCUGAAAUACGGAUCACUGCAACAUGAAACUCGAGAUGUUUGCUUCAGUUUGAACCCAUCCGUUGAUAACGAAGCCAAGGCACCAACGUAUUUGCUACUAGUGCUGUCCAAGACUGGAGAAGCCAUUGCUUUCCAGACUACACGCGACCCCAGCAAUGAACGUGUGAAGCUGAACCAACCCGUUGAACGCGUAUUCGCUACUCCGCUAUUACUCUCAGCAGCUUCUCCAUACCACAAUGUGGUCUGCAAACUGCUGUAUCUACUCGCACCGGAUCUUCAAAGCGAACGACUUGUACUCAGUGGAGAUGAUCUAUCGGUACCAGUCGAAAGCUCAUCGUGGACUUGUGAAUCAAACGAACGUGUCGUCGACGUGCAGUGGAAUUCUUCCUCGUGUCCACAAAUUGGACCUCAUGACUCACAGCAACGUCUCCUGUUGGCUGUUAUCACUACUCGACGUAUUGUGGUGCUGUCUCCUGAGCUUCGUGAACUGCGUGUAUACGACUUCAAAACUGAUCUACUGGGAAUACCAGAGAGUUUGCUGUGGGUAUCCCAGACGCUACUCUACAGCACUUCUGGCAAUCAAGUACGCUAUGUCACACCAGUAGCUGAUCAUCUUGAUAAUACGAGUCGACUUCUAUGCAGCGUUGCUGAUCUUGACACUCGUUCAGGGUUCAAUCGAUCUAGUAUCCAACUAGUAUCAAUGUGUGGGGAUCGACUGUGUUACGCAGUGUCCAAUCCAGCGACGUUGUCCAGUCGAUUAACGUUGCAUUCAGCGGCGAUAUGUGAGCCUCUUCUACUGGGUUUUGCGGUUCCUAACGCCACUCUCCGCCGUGUCUUCGAACGUGAAAUGGUGGCGUUCACACUCAUGAAUGACGAUAGUAAUCGUCCUGUGUGUUCCAUCACGGAUGCAGUGCUGGAGACUGCGUAUCACACGUUUGGCUGGAAAGAUAAAGUGCUGAAAGUGUUGAAAGCACUUAUCAAUUCUCACGAGAAGUCUUCUGCAACUACUACAGACGGAGGAGCUGUUGCUGCUCCGUCUUCAAACUACAGCAGAACGUCUCUACUUUCGAGAACAGUUAUGAGCUCAAUCUUCCUUGACGCUCAUAAAUGGGAAGGUUUUUUGCGAAUAUUCUUGGCUCAUGACCCUGCGCUUGAAGAAUACGUCGUGGCUAUUGAUUCAGACGAAGCAGCUAAAUUACCGUCGAGAAUGGGACCCACCGCUCGACGCUUUCGACAACUCGCUGUUGUAUUUGAGAGUAUUGGUCAACCGGACUGGGCUAUGCGGUGUCUCGAUCUGUCUGGAGACGAUGAAGCUCUACUAACGAUGUUCCGCAAGUUUAAUACUUCAUCAUCUUCUGAAGUGCUCGAUACACUGCAGAAAACUUGGACCAAGUUGAAUCCUCCCUUGAGUACUAUCACGAAAGCUGCGACUCAGCAAGACCCACAGAAUGAUCCGUUCUCUUUACUCUGUUGUGAGACUUUAACGCAACCCAUGCGUCGUGGACGGCUGCUGAACAGUGUCGCUCCACUCGAUCGACUUAAAGUGUCUGUUGAGAAACCACCAAGCCAGGACGAUUCAAGUGACUCCGCACGUGCUGGAACAUUAGCUUGGAAACGUUUAGCUCCAGAAGAUGCGAGUGAAUGGCUGGGUGUGUCAGCGAAAGCUCGAGUAGCUACUACCGAGCCACGUGCGUUGAAUUACUCCAUCUUCGCUACUGAAACGUCGGUUAUCAGUGGCACUCUGAAUGCCGAUGCAACGUCUACAUCUGCAGCUUUCUCGUCAACUCCUAGUGUCUCUACUGAAGCAGCAAGUGCAAAAAUGACUAUCGGUCCUUUCCAAGACGAAGAAGAUGCAGUGGUGGCUUAUUGGCGAUUCGAAGAAGGCGCCACAGCUAGCGGUGAUGCCUCACCGGAUGGAAUCGAGUGUUUGGACACGUCUAAACGUGAGAACACCUUACGUCUCUUUGGUCCUGUGAGUCUCGUUGAGUCUUCAGCACCUGUAGAUCGUGGAGAACCUGGUCGUAUCCCAGAAGAAUUCGCAUUACGCUUCCCUUCUUCUACGUCUACACUGACGCCAAAUGGCUGGGGAGCUCAAUGUCCCAUCCGACCAGGCAGUACUCUCGAUAUUGCCACCACCUUCGACGAAGACCCGUAUCGUCGUGAAUUUACUUUCGAGGUUUGGAUUCGAAACUACAAAAUGUACAACCAAGUUCAGAAAAUUGUUGAAAGUGGCGAAGAAAUCCCAGCAACUUUAUCCGGUAAUGCUCGCCAAGUGUUGGCAUCUCGCAGACGAGUAGAGAGUCUUGAUGACGGCGUGAAAGGAGAGGAUGUCCCUGGUCUUGCGAGUUGGGAACUGGUUAUCGACGAAGAUGACUAUUUAGUGCUUUCAUUUGGGAACCAGCAAGUUCGAUCGACGCAGAAGAUGGAGCACAGUGGAAACCAAGGCUGGCGUCAUGUGGCUUUCACUAUGGACGUGUCAUCUCCCCAACGUGUUGGCCUUAAACUGUAUAUUGACGCUCGUUGUGUUGGAGAGUCCCAUUCGACACCGAGUAACCAAACAGUGUCGAAACCGUCCAAACUGCUGCUAGGCUGGCGUAUGCAGGAUUACGAAAUGACGGAAGUGCGACUGUGGGCCACCGCGCGUUCUGCUGACCAUUUGAGCGACAUGCGUGAAAACUACUUGGGCCUUGCGGAAGCCAAACGCCGCAUGAAGAUCGCUAUUCAUCAGCGUAAUUGCACGUGUGAGAAGUGUGUGUCCAGACGUGCUCAAAGUGCUGGAGCUGGGGCGGGUGGAGCACCACGCUUGGGAUUAUCACUGAGCACGCCACUAGCUGCACCAUCUCGUCAACGACGUGUAGUGCCACAAGCCAAACCAACAUGAAACAGUAUGACAUCGGAUACAGAAUAAGAGUUGGUUCUUAGUCAAAAAGACCU